AUGAAGAAAAGUGAAGCCGCCGCCUGUGAUACUCCGGGAUCCCGGAGCCAAAUCCAGGAAGAUUCCGAUACUUUAGACCCCAAAUAUAACUUUAGGAUUGGAAUUUAUGGAUGGCGGAAAAAGUGCCUCUACAUUCUCAUAUUCGUGCUGUUGGUUAUGGUCGUCGUGAAUCUAGCGCUUACGUUGUGGGUUCUCAAGGUCAUGGAGUUCUCGUCGGAAGGAAUGGGCCAGCUCAAAAUAGUUUCAGGGGGCUUGAAGCUAGAAGGCAAAGCUUUCAUCUUGGACAGUCUGAUAGCGAGUAGUAUAAGAUCUAGAGUCAAUCAGCCCAUAGUCAUAGAGUCAACAAGGAAUUUGACGAUGAGAGCUAGGGAUGGAAAUGGAUACGCUAACAGUUGGAUGGUGAUAGGAAAUGACAGAAUGGAGAGUUUAGCUAAGACCUUCAAGAUAUUGGACGAGAAGGGAUCUGUCAUAUUCUCAGCCAACAGGAGUGAAGUCACUGUUGGUUCAGAUAGCCUACGAGUGACAGGUGAAGGUGGUACCAAAUUCACCGGCUCUGUUCAGGCUACGAGAGUCCGAGCACCAGCUGGACAUGAAUUAAGACUGGAAUCCCCCACGAGAACGCUGCAGGUCAGAGCACCGCGCGGCAUCCACAUGGAAUCUCUGGGCGGCAAACUAGACGCCACCAUCCUGCUGGACAUGACCUUCAGGUCCGAGGUGGGGGCCAUCCGACUGGACGCCGGAUCCAUCCUUAUGCCGCUCCUGCCCACGGCCAAGGUCGUGUCGCGGCCUGCGACCGGCAGCAAGCACGACAUCUUCCAACUGUGCGUGUGCGAGAGCGGUAAACUGUUUUUAGCUUCCCCCCACUUGGUGUGUGCUUCGGAGAAUGACGAUAGGCUGUGUCGAUAG